AUGAGCAAAAGUUCAAGGCAAAGUUUGCAAAAAAUAUUCUUGCUUUACGAUGAAAUAAUGGCUCUUUAUUCAAUAGUUGGUUUUAUUCAAAUUCUUACAAGUUUGACUUUGAAAAGUAAAUAAUUUAUGAAUUUGACAUAAAUAAUUGUUUAUUUUAAAACAAUAUGGGGAUGAAUUUGCCAAUAAAAUAAAUAUAUGAUGCGUAAAUUUAAUAAAAUCCCAUAGAAAUAAUCAGUGAGCACCCAAUGCUUAAAAAAGCCAUAGCUGAACUGCUUAGGCUUGUUGAAGAGAAGGAAAAAGAAAUUGAAGAAAUUAAAAGUCAAAAUUCUCCUUCAAUUUCCCAAAGCACAGAAAUCCAAGAAAGUGAGCCAGAAGUUUCCCAUUCACCACCAACUGAGAAAAAUGGUUUCAUAAAAGAUGAAGAAGGUUUUACAAUAAAUGUUAACAAAAAAUGCCAAGCUUAA